AUGACGAAGCUGUACAACGACCUCUUUGACGUAUACGACCCAGAAAUCCGCCCCAUCUUGAACCACGGUGAAAGUGUUCAGGUGCAAGUGACAAUGUACCUGGCUAUGAUCCUUGAUCUGGAUAUCAAGAAACAGGUGUUAAAAUUCAGCGGUUUUAUGUCUUUUCAAUGGAAAGAUGAAUUGUUGGUUUGGAAUUCAUCAAAGUAUGGCGGAAUACAAGACAUCAUUGCGCCUCAACGUCAAGUGUGGAAACCUGAUAUUACCAUCUACAAUAACAUCCACGAUUCUUACCUUGGGGAAAGUAAUAUAAAUGUAGCUAUCAACCAUAAGGGCAGAGUGCUUUGGGAGCCGCCCAUAAAUCUGGAAGUGUCUUGUGCUAAUACACUGAACGACUAA